UGGAGCGCUCAUUAUAUAUUUUUUUUUACCUCGGAAACAGAACGCCGGAAAAUAUCAGCAUUUCUUAUCAGCUAUCACUGUCGACAGACUUGCUCACUUUCGACUCAUUGUGGUGUUGGAAAGUUCUUGUUCGACUGAAAAGAUGAGCUUUUUGUUCGGAAGUCGCUCAUCAAAGACGUUUAAGCCGAAGAAGAACAUUCCAGAAGGCUCUCACCAGUAUGAGCUGCUGAAGCAUGCUGAGGCCACACUGGGCAGUGGGAACCUGCGAAUGGCUGUCAUGCUGCCAGAUGGAGAAGACCUUAAUGAAUGGGUGGCAGUCAACACUGUGGACUUCUUUAACCAGAUCAACAUGCUGUAUGGGACCAUCACUGACUUCUGUACGGAAGACAGCUGCCCACUCAUGUCCGCUGGACCCAAGUAUGAGUACCACUGGGCUGAUGGCACCAACAUUAAGAAGCCAAUCAAAUGCUCUGCACCCAAAUACAUUGAUUAUCUGAUGACCUGGGUACAGGACCAGCUGGAUGAUGAGACUUUGUUCCCCUCUAAGAUUGGUAAGAUGGUUUGGCAUGGUUAUUGUCAUGAUGGUUGUCUCUCUCUCACCCCUGUGUUUUCUCUGUGUCUUUGUUUCUCUCUGUGUACAGGAGUGCCGUUCCCUAAGAACUUCAUGUCGGUGGCGAAGACCAUUCUGAAACGUCUGUUCAGAGUCUAUGCUCACAUCUACCACCAGCACUUUGACUCUGUCAUCCAGCUACAGGAGGAGGCGCACCUCAACACCUCCUUCAAACACUUCAUCUUCUUUGUGCAGGAGUUUAACUUGAUUGACAGGAAGGAGCUGGCACCUCUGCAGGAGCUGAUUGAGAAGCUAACCUCCAAGGACAGAUAGAGUCUCGUGCCCCGCCUCUCUCGUCCCUGUACAGACAGUCUGGCUUCAGCCUCUCUCGUCCCUGUCCAGACAAUCUGGCUUCGCUCUGUCCUGGUGUGGCACCUCUUAGAACGAUGGAAAACGGCUAACUUUCACACUCAAAAGUAUUAGCGGCAGGGCCUUUCAUGGGGUUAUGAUUUCUCUUUCUGCUUCUGCGUUUUUACACAUGUUUCCCAGGCACUCUGUUCCCUCUGUAUCCAAGUGCCUGCUGUAGCCUUUGCCUAAUCCUCAAAUUGUAAUGUCUGAUUUCCCCUGUGUAUCCAAGUGCCUGUUCUGCCCUUUCCCCAGUCCCCAAACUCUAAUGUCUGCCUAAAGUGCACCACUACAGAAUGCUGAGUGUUUGGAGCACCUGGGAAACUAUGAAAGCAUGCUUGUCAUUUGUACUACUGAAGAGAAGUAGACUGGAACUAAUGAAUAGUGACUGAAGCAUCGUAAAGCCCUACAGAAGACAAAAAUAACUAAACACCCAAGUUAUGUCAUGACAGGGUUUGUCUGUCCCUCUGUUCUUAUGUCUUUUGGAAAAGCUUGGACCAUACCUGGACCAUGUGAGUAGAAUUGUGCUUUAGCUUGUUUUGAUUCUUACCCUGUGUCAACCUUACGGUGCACACACCUCCCUGUGUUUGGCUCUGCUCUAGGCCUGUUUUCUGGCUGCUUCCAUGCUAGUGUGGUUAGUUUGAAACAGGUUAACACUUAAGUGAAGCAGAUGGUAAAGUAGUAGUGUCUGGUGUUGGGGAGAAGUAAGCUUUACUAUGCAAUACGUCAAUGUUUUUUUUUAACUAUAUCUGUGAUUUUACAAGGCUGCCGUCAGCUGUCUGCAUCUACCUGCCAAAAUCCCAGCUCUGUCAGACAGUGAGAUUAGACCAGCUGCUGUAUUCUGCUGUGGCACCUCCGUGCUCCCUGACAGAUUGGUGUUCUGUAAGGUCGUGACCUCUGCACAUGCCUAUGUUUGAUAUGAAAGCACAUGGGGUCGGCCCACACCAUGCCAUCUCAGAGCUGGGGUGGUCACGGAGGGGAGGGGCUUUUAGAAACACAACACUCAUGAACAUUCACAUCACUAACAUCUGUCUAAAUUCUCUCCUUAGCUUUUGUAAAUGUUUUAAGGUGCAUAAUAUUUUAACACCGAGUUUAUCUUCAGUGUUGGCAGUGAUUAAUCUGACAUUCGGUUGACAGUAUAAAAGCAGAAACACACGUCAGAGAUGUAAAAAAAUGCUGCGUAAUUUGAGGAUGGGGACAUUUUUAAAAAAUGUAGUUGCAAUUUGUGUACAUUUUCUUAAUUUUAUCAUUAAUAUCGGUUAUCAUUAAUAUUGGUUGCACUUUGGAUUUUCCAUUUUAGAGGUUGUAAGUCCCCCGGAAAGCUACCUCUCCUGAAUUUUACAGUAACACUCUAACGAUGCUGCCAACUCUGGCCACUGUCAGUGAUCUCGCCCCCGCUGUCAGUGAUCUCACCCCGCUGUCAGUGAUCUCACCCCCGCUGUCAGUGAUCUCACCCCGCUGUCAGUGAUCUCGCCCCCGCUGUCAGUGAUCUCACCCCCGCUGUCAGUGAUCUCACCCCCGCUGUCAGUGAUCUCACCCCUCUGUCAGUGAUCUCAGCCCGCUGUCAGUGAUCUCGCCCCCGCUGUCAGUGAUCUCGCCCCCGCUGUCAGUGAUCUCGCCCCCGCUGUCAGUGAUCUCAGCCCGCUGUCAGUGAUCUCGCCCCCGCUGUCAGUGAUCUCGCCCCCGCUGUCAGUGAUCUCACCCCCGCUGUCAGUGAUCUUAACCUGCUCUGCUCUGACUGCUGGAUGAGCGAUUGGGAUAAAGCCCGUGCGAAUGUCAGUGCUUAUGAAUGUGUACAUUAUGUCAAUGUUCCAGUGUCAGCCAAUGGCAGAAAGAUGUGUAAGAUUUACAGAGUACACUAUUUCAGAAACAUAUACAUCCUUUUGAAAAACACCACACAUUUUGACUAGAAUGAUGUAAAUAUUGUAAACAGAUUGGGCAUGCAGUGGAAUGAUUUAAAAAGAAGCAGAUCUUUUUUUGUGGUACAAAACUGAAUGAUGUUUAUAGAAUAAUAAAGUUUGUUUG